GUCUGAAAUUGUCGUGAAGCUGAAAUUUGGCAGCUGAGACUGUGAGAGGCUGAGAGCACCGAGUAGCAGUGCGUGCGAUUUCAGUCAUCUCUCUCUCUCUCUCUCUCUCUCUCUCCCUACACAAGCGUAAAUUUGUCUCCUCUCUCGCUUUCACAAGCUACAAGAGAUUUUGCCGUCUUCCUUCUCCGAUUCGCCCUCUCCUGCAUUUGGAUUGCUGUCCCCUUUUUAAUGCCUCGAGGGCCUCUCUUUCUUCGGAUUCAGAAGCUGUUCAUCAUCGAGGGUUCCUCCCCUCUUCCCUCCGAAUCCAAUUCCUUUGUUCAGGUAAUAAAAGAUUUGGGAAAGUGAACUGAGUUUUCAGUUUUCACCACCAUGCCCCUGUUCGAGCUCCUGAGGCUUGCAAAAGCCAGGCUUGAAUCAUCUCAAGAAAGGAAACCUUCUGCACCCGAUGAUGAUGACGUGGUCGAGCUCGUGUGGGAAAAUGGUCAGAUCACAACGCAGAACCAGUCGAGCAGGUCGAGGAAUAACACACACCAACAGGCUUCUUGCACUACUCUGGUCCAGCCAAAUUCUCAAUCGAACUCUCCAAGAACUAAGGAGAUUGGAAAUGGCGAUUCCAUGAAUGGGAUCCCAAUGCCAGUGGCCUCACUCAUGCCGGGUUUGAGUCAAGACGACGACUUGGUUCCAUGGCUGAACCACCCGCUCAAUGAAUCUUUACAAUCCGACUUCUUUCCUGACGUGUCUGAAGUUACAGUCAAUGAGGAAGAUAAUGAUGCACCGAACAAAACCCUUUUUCCCUUCUUUCACACAAUCAACAACAGCAAUCACUCACUUGCGGCGAAUUCCCGCUCUGUUUCCGCACACAAUGAAUCUACUCGAGGUGGAAAUGGCACGAGUCAGGAGGGGCCUUCAUCUCGGUCUAAUAUUUUUCAGGAACCACCCCCUUUGUAUCAAAGUGGUAUAGUAAGGAAUGUUGCUUCUGGACAUCAAACUGUCUGCAAAGAAUCGGGUCGUUUUACGCAGAAGCAAGAGCCGGCUCUUCCUAGUAACAAGCCCGGUUUGAUGAACUUCUCUCAUUUCUUACGCCCUGUUGCAUCGUCUAAGGCUAAUCAUCACGGCUCAGGUGCAACGACCACCCAGGAGAUGGGCAGCAAUCAUAUGGAAGACCGACUCGUUGAAUCGGAUAAUAAUAAUAGGCUGACUGAAGAGAAAAGCUUGCAUAGUAGUCCAGCGAAGGUGCUUCAGACCAAAGUCGUUAGUGCACAAGUACCGGAAGAUAAGGUUCUUAACCGGUCAGUUGCUUCUGAUGCAGCUAAGUUUGUUACCUCGGGUUCUUCCUCCAAGGAUAAUGUAAAGGGUUGCCUAAUUUCAGGCAAUUCAUGUAGAAGAGAUCGGCAGAGCGAAAAGGCCAUGGAGCCUGCGGUCCAAUGUUCUUCAGUUUGCUCGGGUAAUAGUCUCGAUGUACCUUCUGAUGUUCCUUUGCGUUCUUUGAAGAGACCUUAUUCAGAUACUCAAGAAAUGGACUGCCAGAGUGAAGAUGUUGAAGAAGAAUCAACCGAUGUAAGAAAGGCAGCUCCUUCCCGAGCAGGCUCCUCAGGUUGCAAGAGAAGCCGCUCGGCUGAAGUUCAUAAUCUGUCUGAAAGGAAACGGAGGGAUAGAAUAAACGAGAAGAUGCGUGCUUUACAAGAGCUCAUACCAAACUGCAAUAAGGUUGACAAAGCUUCAAUGCUUGACGAAGCGAUUGAGCAUAUCAAGUCACUUCAACUUCAAGUACAGAUCAUGUCGAUGGGAUCCGGAUACUACAUGCCGCCGAUGAUGUUUCCACCCGGUAUGCAACCUAUGCACAUGGCAGCAGGGCAUAUGCCACAUUACCCGGCGGCAAUGGCAAUGGCAAUGAGAAUGGGAAUGAGUUACGGAAUGGGCAUGCCCGACAUGAGCUGUGUUCCGCCGGGAGUUCCAAUGGUUCAGGUCCCUCCGCAGUUCCCGGCCUCGGGGCUGCGUCCCGCCAUUGGCAUGCCUCAUGUUAAUAGAGGUUCCUUUACGGAAAUCAAUGGCUCUGCAGUUACAGAGACAGCUAAGGUUGCUGAUCCGACCAGAGUCUCUGGUUCUAAGGAUCAAGAGAAGAACAAAGCCUUGAGUAGUACUAGCUGUAGUAAUGUUCCUACAAAGGGAGGUGGAUCUUCAUGAAACAAAGGAAGAGCCUUUUAUGAACAAAAAAAAAGAGUGAUCAUCUUUUCUUUUUUUUUUGGUUAAUGAAAUCUUUUUAUAUAUUCAUGCUUUA